AAGCGGAAUCUCGCUGCGCAAUGUGCGUAACCGUGCCGGCUGUGUGUGUUUCGCUUCCUGGUGUCGAGAGCGGCUGUGAUUGUGCAGGAUUGAGCGGCGCUGCAAGGGUUAACACGGGAGCACUCACUCCCCAUUCACUAAAAAAAAACAAGCAAACAGCAUUUUCAUUUGAAGCAAGAGCAGCGCGUUUGGGAUAAAGUACGACACGCAGGUGGAGUUCAAAGGAGCCACCGGCAGCCCUCUAGGUGACGCAAUGCCUCCCAAAUUCAAAAGGCAUCUGAACGACGAUGAAGUCACAGGAUCUGUGAAGAGCGAGAGGAGAACCCUAUUGGAGGAUGACUCUGAUGAAGAAGAUGACUUCUUCCUGAGAGGGCCUUCAGGACCCAAAUUUGGACAGAAAAAUGAGAAGAUUAAGCAGGUGCAGACCCAGGUGGACGAGGUGAUUGAUGUUAUGCAAGAGAACAUCACCAAAGUGAUCGAGAGGGGAGAACGGCUGGACGACCUGCAGGACAAGUCUGAAAGCCUGUCAGAUAACGCCUCAGCCUUCAGCAGCCGAGCCAAGCAGCUUCGCAAGAGGAUGUGGUGGAGAGAGUGCAAAAUGAAGGCAAUCGUAGCGCUGGUGGUGGUGGCCAUCCUGCUCAUCAUUGUGGUUCCUCUGAUCCUGCGGUACCGUUAGUGCCAGGCUAGGAGGAGCCAGCAGGGGGCGCUGUGGCGGAGGACUCGGUGGCUUCUCCUCUCCCCUCUCCCCUCUCCCCUGUAUAUUCAUCUCCAGUUCAAAGCCAGGAACAGACGCUGCUGGGAAUUAAACAAGAGAUUUGCACCAAUCAGGCAGGGAGAGCCAAGGACCUCAGCACCGCCCAUUUCCCAGUGACUUAGCAAUGGAAUAAUCACUCAGCAUCCACCAAUCGGAGCCCUCCUUCCCAGCCCUCUACCAAUCAGCCUGCAGCCUCUCCACCUGCCACCUCUGCAGGGGGGGUCACUGUGGAGCUGGCACUGAAGACGCUGUGGGGUGCAAGAAUACUGCUGGGGUUCAAUAUGGAUAACAAGGUCUAGUGACACACUCCCUAUCUGUGUGUAAAAAGCAAAUCAUCUGGAGCUGAAGGAGUGUGCCACCGCUUGGCAUUGUUUUUUUUUUAUGUUUAUAAUUUUGUGGUUAUGUGAUAUCUUACACUGUCCAUCCAGUUGUUUUGUUUUGGAGGAGACAAUUCAGGCAAAAUAUAAAAAUAAUAAUAAA